UGUAUCCACUGUGUGCCGAAGUCUGCCACUAGAUGCCAUUCUCCGCUCUCCUUGAACACCAUUGUUGGCUGUUGAAUGCGAAGCGAGGUGUUUUUCUCCUCCUCCAAACCUGUAUUGAAGCCGUGUUCCAAUGAAAGCAGGUGGAAUUCCCCCUUUCGACCAAUGGCGCUCUGCCCUCUCAACAAUCCGUUCGAAAAGGAUGUGUGGGCUCGGUUAUGGCGCUGGCGUGAAGUUAUUGGAAACGGACAAGCCCAGGAAGCAGGAUUUUGGUAGGCUACAACUACACCAGCCAAAGCUUAGGGCUGCCCGCUUGAAUGGGAACAAGUGAGCAGACCAUUCAUAUUGGGUCAAACGUACACCUUGGGAAGACACUUCGGCGACGUCGGAUUGAAGAUAAAUGAUUUCUUCAAAAGUUCCUCUGUCAAAAGCGAGCACGCAUGAGAAAUAAGAAUGACCUCGGGCUAAAAAAGGCAUGGAUCGCAAGAGUUAGACUGAGUUCUAACUCCCCUCGAGCUGUUUGUGUUUUUAACUGAGGAGAAGGACUAAAAGAGUCACCAUGCCUGCCAAAACAAAGUACAAUUUAGUCGAUGAUGGACACGAUUUGCGGAUUCCUUUACAUAACGAGGAAGCAUACCAACAUGGGAUUAAUUUCGAAGCAAAGUAUAUCGGUAGUCUGGAUGUGGCUCGACCCAACAGUCGUGUGGAGAUUGUUGCGGCCAUGAGGCGGAUAAGGUAUGAAUUUAAAGUGAAGAAUAUCAAAAAGAAGAAAGUCAACAUCAUUGUGUCCGUGGACGGAGUCAAAGUAGCACUGCGGAAAAAGAAAAAGAAAAAAGAAUGGACCUGGGAUGAAAGCAAGAUAAUGGUGAUGCAAGACCCAAUAUACAGGAUAUUCUACGUAUCACACGACUCUCAAGAUCUGAAGAUCUUCAGUUAUAUAGUGAGAGAUGGACAGAGCAAUGUGUUUCGAUGUAACGUCUUCAAAUCAAAGAAAAAGAGCCAAGCCAUGCGAAUAGUGAGGACAGUGGGUCAGGCUUUUGAGGUCUGUCAUAAACUUAGCCUGCAGCACACCCAGCAGAACGCAGAUGGCCAGGAAGAUGGUGACACUGACAAGACAUGCACAGAUUCGGGAGUACCAGGGCGGGAGCUCACAGGGGCCGAAAAGCCGGCUGCAGAUGAGACAGACAUAGAUGCAGAGGAGAUUCCCCUCCCCGACAGCACAAUGGACGAGUUCAGUCGCGGAGUCACUGACCUAGAUAUGGCUAAGAAAGAGGAAGAUGUCACCAAGGACAAAAAGCCCUCUGAAGAGCCCAACAUCCUGCUGGCUUCCCCUAAGUUGCUGCUUCCUUCAGACAGUCAGCUGCCGGCUGGUACUCCCCUGUCUGUGCACCACCAGCUCCAGCUGCUCCAGCAGCAGCUCACCCAACAGCAGCAGCAGACACAGGUGGCCGUGGCCCAGGUUCAUCUGCUGAAGGAUCAGCUCUCUGCAGAAGCUGCGGCGAGGAUUGAGGCCCAGGCUCGAGUUCACCAGCUGCUGUUGCAGAAUAAGGACCUACUGCAGCAUAUUUCUCUCCUGGUCAAACAGGUUCAGGAACUGGAGCUCAAGCUGACUGGGAAUGGCUCUAUGGGAUCUCAAGAUAGUCUCCUGGAAAUCACCUUCCGUGCCAAUGUGCCCCCAGUUCUGUGUGACCCCACCAUCCCCAGACCAGAGGACGCCAUCCUUCCUCCAUUCAACGAUGGGACACAGCUAUCCCUGCCGCUGGGCAGUCCAAUAGUGGACCAAAGCAUGUUUGAGAACUGCAACACUGUGGAACAGCCGAAGCUGAACUUUCGUCCAGCAGCCUCCACAGACACCUCUGCCCUGGCAGGAUCGAAGACGGGAGGCAGCCAGCACCUAAAAAACGCCCUGAACUUGGGCAAAGCCAUGGGAGCGAAGGUAAAUGACCUGCUCCGCCGAAAAGAUCCCAACAGCCACGGAGACAUCGGAGUCACAGAGGUGAAUAAGAACGUGGAGCCAGUGUGGUCCAGCCUGACUGAGACUGGCCAUAGUACAGUAAGAAACGGUCACAUCUCCCUGGAUUCUUUCCCUCGGCUAGAUCCCCCACCUCCCACUGGCAAAAAGCGUCUCCCACGGGCCCUGAAGACCACCCAGGACAUGAUGAUAUCCUCUGACCCCGUGGUAUCCUCCCCAGAAUCCUCCUUCGUCUCCUCACAUGACAAGAUCUCCAAAGAUAAAGCUGAGCUUCAGCCUGAAGAGUCCGGCACUGAGAAACUUUCAGAACCCGGCGACCGUGUCGACAGCCAGAUGGAGAAGACCAGUUUAGAACUAAAUAACAAGCCCACAGCUGUGGUGACGGAUGAGAAAAAUUCAGAGGAUGUCGAUCAGUCACAGCUGCUGCUCUCUGUUCCAGAUCUCAUUCACAAAGACAAUCUGGACCCAAAGAAACUGGCCAGCUCAGAAACUAGAAUGGCUUCCACCCCGUGUCCAGGGAAAGGGGGCUGCCGCAUCAGCGUCACUGAGGGGGAAUUGUUGGGGAACGGCACAGUGGAUUACUGGACCCUCAACUUGGAGAACGAAGAAUCCCACCCUGACCUGCUGUCAUUGAAUAACAGGCUUGAGACCCUCAAGCACAUUCAUUCUCCAGGCUUCCGCAAUGACAACAGAGAGGCUUGAAUCAGUCAUUUAAACUGCUUUCAUUCUGCAUUUCAUAUUUUGCCUUUAUAGCAAAGUACAACUGAUUGUACUUAGUUAUUUUGUAGAGAUGAUAAAAAAAAUUACAAUUGUUUUUUUUAAUAGUAGUACCAUAAUCAAUUUGAAAGACUGUAUUUUAAAGUA